UCCCGCGGCGCCGGAGGGGGGGGAGGGGGAUGUCUUGUGCGGAGAAAUGCCUAUAUAUAGCUCUGCUCGGCUCGCCGUAGGUGACUCGUUCAACAAGGAGAAAGCAGAGAGAGGGCAACAUCGAUUAGAGAUAGAUACAGAGGGAAACUGGAGAGUCUUGAGGGUGAUGGUUUCCAGGGAGCAGAAGCGAGGAGUUUUGCAUGAGAAGCUGCAGAUUCUCCGCAGCGUUACUCAUUCUCAUGCGGGGGAUAAAAUGUCAAUAAUAGCGGACGCAUCAUUGUACAUCAAAGAUCUACAGCAGAAAAUUGCGAAGCUAAACCAAGAGAUUGCAUCUGCACAACACGCCAAUGUUUGCCAACCAUUGGUGAGUGUUGGAGUCCUGGACAAGGGUUUCCUCAUUAAUGUGUUCAUGGACAAGAGCUGCCCACCAGGACUACUUGCUUGUAUCCUUGAGGCAUUUGACGAGAUUGGGCUCACAGUGCUUGAGGCUAGGGCUACAUGUGCUGGUUCAUUUCGUCUAGAAGCUGUAGGAGAGGAAGAAGGUGAGGGCCUAAUCGACGCACAUGCAGUGGAGAAAGCAGUAGUUCAAGCAAUCAAGAAUUGUCCUACAAACUAAUCAACCUUGUCCAAUUCGAUCGAGUUGAUGCUGAUGGAGCACAAAAUUUAUGUUGAGACUCGAUGCUAUACAUAUUGAUUCCCGUCGUACUUUUUGAAGAGAGCAAAUCAUAAUUUCUCUUCCUGCAAGAAGCCAGUCUUGCUAUUAGUUAGGAACAUUUGUGGUCUUCUUUUGGCAAUGCCUAUAUAUCGUAAUUCAGCUUGCA